CGAUCAAUAAAUUUAUCAAAGAAACAUAUACAUUGCUGACAGCAAGUAGCCUACUACUAAAGUAUUAGAAAAUAUGCCCUUUAACUGCCAGUUACUUAGUAAAAACAGUAAUGAACCACAGAAAUAAUAAAGGCAAGAAGGAUGCUUAUCGGGGUGAUGUGUAAAAUACUGACUUGCCUGGCGCUGUAUGAAAUAUGGGAGGUAUCAAACACUUGAGGGUGCUUGGACAAUUCAGUAUACAACAGUUUAAUUCAUGAUUUUUCUGGGCAGGCAUGUGCUGUCAGCACUUACCUGUGAUUGGUUAAUCCACCGACAGUACCGCACGGCAGCCAGACAAAAUCACUCUGGAUUCAAUUUGAGCGAUGCAGCUCAGCGUCACUGUGGGACUAGCGCUAUCGCCCUGCGCUGAUCUGUCCAACAUCAUAUGAAAGCAAUGGCAGCGAUACAGACGGCAAAAUACCUCACGUGCCGCGCUGGUCUGUCCCGGGUUUAACAUGAUAUUCAGUGUUUUCUCCGGCUGUCUGUGUCUUUCCAAGCUCAGCAAAUUUACCAUUUCAUUGUUUCUUUGGGUGAUCAUCAGUAAACUGUACUAUUAGGGACAAGUGUACCACAGUAUGUAGUCACUAGUAUACCACCUACCAUUCAUCAACCUGUGUUUGAGUUUGAUCAUUUUCCCCAAGUGACCCUAUCUGUCUCUGACAACCCUCAUACCCGGCAGUUUGAAGUGGAGUCGGGAUGAAACGUAGCCGUAGCGUGGCGAUAGGCAAGUCUGGAAAACAGAGUCGUAAAAAAAAGAGCUCUCGGGAGGAUGCAGAACCUGCCAAGAAGAAACAACAAACUGGACCUGCACCAAGGACAGGGGCACCACCUAGUGGAAAGAAAAUGGUGAAAGUCUCUGCGAAGUGGAAGCCUCUGUCUCAAAGUUCCCUGGAUUACCUGAGCACCACCUUCAACAUGUCCAUACUUUCCAUUUUGGCUGGGAAAGGAAAAGAGAAGGAAGAGAUUCAGAGGCAUCUAAAUAUCAUUAAGGACAGGUUCCUGGCUCAGUGUGCAAAGCUUAAGGUUCCUCCAGGGAAGUUUGUGGACAUUGGCCGUGUUCGACACCUGCAUUUGACUGAGAAACAGAAGACGACUGCUGGGGAGACAAGUCUCCACUCUCUAGAGCAUGAAGUGGGUAAGAUAAGUGAUAUGCUGGAAAAAACCGAUGUGGAAAUUGAGAAUUUUGAUGAGAAAAUACGGAUUUUGAGUAACCAGUUAGAAGAGGCAGAAAUGGAGUUCCAAGAGCUUUUACAGAGAUCUGAAAAGAAUGUCUUGCACCUUCCACGCCUACCUGAUAGUAGUUUUACAGGGUCUACUCAACAGGAGGAGUUGUUAAAGAUCACAGACCCUCAAGCGGCUCUCCAGAACGUGCUUGCGAUUCAAAGCAGCAAAGAGAUGCAGAACAUGCUGGCUUUCCUGGAGCAGGCACACUCGCAGGCUGAUGAUCUGUGGCCAUAACCAGGAUGCAUCUGCAGAUACUGAACAGGUGCUGGGGGCUCUGGUCACUAGUGUGAAUACUGCUGAUUGUCUGAGGAUUUCUCAUUCGUGAUGACUUGCAACCAGACAGAGCCCCCCUGGCUCACAGGCCCUGACCUGAGGAAUAAGCCUGAACCACCAAGCCUGAACUGCUUUUCCACUGCAAAAGCACUGUAUAUAGUGUUCUAACAGCUAUUCAUGAUUAAUAAAUAAUCUUUAGAUAUAUUUCUGGCUGAUGCAUUUUUGCUUUUCUGACUUAUUAUUAUUAUUAUUAUUAUUAUUAUUAUUAUUAUUAUUAUUAUUAUUAUU